AUGUCGAUGGCAAACGUUCCCGAAGAUACGAUAAAAGAUGAAGGACUUGUAGCGGUGGUGACUGGGGCAAACAGCGGCGUUGGCUAUGAGAUUGUAAAAGGACUGAACAUGGAAAAAGUUAAGGUUUACAUGCUAUGUCGAGAUGAAGGUCGUGCAACUACUGCAAGAAAUAGUUUGAUAGAGAAUAUCGCUAGAAUGCGAAUGAAUUUACAGGCGGGAUGCGAUGCAAAUCGGCUUAUCAUUGUAAAAUGUGAUCUGGCAGAUUUCAACAGUAUUCGUGCAUGUGUCAAAGAACUGUCAAUGAUGGAGGACAAAAUCGACAUUCUUAUCAACAACGCUUCCGUGAUUUUUCUCCCGAGCUACCAGAAGACUGUCGAUGGGCACGAAAUGACUUGGCAGUCUAAUUAUUUAGGCAUGCAAUCAUUGUUCUUCUAG